CCUAGGCGAGUCCGUAUUUCGUGAUCAGGAACUCAGAGUACUUACGGAGAAAAUAUUCAUCUUGAAUCGGGACUUCCUCGACUUGAGUAAACGGUUAGGCAGUUUUACUAUAUAAUGUAGUCUUAAACUUGUUUCACAUGCCGUUUGUGCGCUACUGACCGGAAAUUCAUGAAAUACCUGUUUACGAAUCUUCAUGAAAAUUUUGCCUUACUUCAAUCGGAGUGGACCUGUAUGUGUGGACCUGUAGAGAACAUGCGGAUCUGACUGUCAGAGUCGAAUGUGUUUGAGUGAUGAUGGACGAGGAAGCGUACAACGCGGACUGUCCAGUCUGCUAUGAGAGUUUUUCAGACUCGGCUCGCACGCUGAGUUGCGGACACUCGUUUUGCCAUGACUGCCUGGUCGGGACUUUUGUGAGCUCAAACAGAGACGGAGUUAUCACCAGAGAUACCAUUAUAUGUCCCGUGUGCAGACAUGUCACUUUCGUUACCAAACUACAGGGACUUGGCGGAGAGAAGGAAAAACACAGGAAGAGGUUGGAGGUGCCUUUAAUGUUCGUUGGCCGCUCCGCAUCUGCUCCCGGGUUCAGCGGCGGCCGGUACCGGCGACUGGGACGCUGCUUGAGAUGGAUUUCAUGCAGGAUAGGCCGCCAGAGGUUGGUUUAUCCUAAAGACUCCUCACAAGUAUUCAUUAUAAGCGAUCUGGGACGCCCUUUGACUGAAGAAGACGUUAUUGAUGUUGGGACUAGUGUGGUGAUUCAUGAAAACAGCACUGAGCAUGGCUGUAUAUGCACAGCAUCACACUGUCUGCUGGUUCUUUUAAUCAUUUUUACUUUACUGGCUUUAAUAGCCGCAACGCUGCCUUGGGUUUUUCUGGCUUAAGGAUUAUUGCCUUUUGGAGACUUUAUUAUCUUAAAAUGGCAUCAAAUAUUGACAUUGGAUUAUUCAUUGACACUCUGUGAGGUAAUAGAGAUCAUAGUGUUGGGGAACCUUUCACAACAUUUCAUUUCACCAUCUUAUUUCAUAACUCUUGGUAUCCUUAACACAAAACACAAUGAGCUACUUUGUCACCAAAGAACUGCUGAUCUCAAGCUGAUGAAACACACUAAGUUGUGCUGAGUUGUAUCUUGGGCAUCUCUGCUACUAAAUUAUUAAUAUGAAAAAGGAUCGAGGUGAGCGAAAGAAGACAAGCCUGGCAGGCAGCUCCUAGCAUUGUAAGGGGAGAUGUUUACUGAAUCAAUUUUAAUCUUUUUCAAAUGUAGUGUAUAGUGUGCCUUGAUACUGCUUACAUAACUUUUUUUUAGACACACCCUUGUUCUUCAAGCACUUCUUGUCACACAGGUUAGAAAAUGACACUACUUUUCCUUCAUGACUUGCACUGGAGUCUUUCUAUGGCAUAUUGCUUUUUAUUUGUGAUCUCAGUGACAUUUACAAAUGCCCUUUUAUAAGCAACAUAUAUCAUCUUUGACAAAAACAGCAUCUAUAUUUUAAUAAUAAAAAAGUCAGACCAGAAAUAUUAAAAAUGUAGAGUUUAAUAUAGAUAUCUAUAUCUGACAUUCUGAUCAGGAUUGCGGUAGGCUUCACAGUACAGACUGUGUUGUUCCACUGAUAUGCUAAGCUGAAGGGAUAGAAGGGGGAGGAAGAGGAGUGACAUACAGGCAAAGUUUGUACAGAAGUUGUGAAUGCAGGGGAGAGGCUGUACAUCAAUGGACACUGUGCACUUAUACAUAAAUCCAUGACACUUCUUUAACCAGCUGUUCACACUUGCUAUUUUUCAUCCUCUCCCCAUUUUACUGAUAACAUUUAAGAGUCUUAAAAGAAAUUGAAGAAACAGGAAUUGUGAAUUAUCUGAAGAGACUAAGUGCAUGCAUUGCAUUGUCACAUCCACUUUCUCCAGUGUCAACCGACAGCUUUGGGGGGAUACAAACUUAUGAUGGUUAUAUAUGUUAAGCUUGUCUGGCUCUUGUCUCUUGUGUCAUUUUAUUUUAUUUAAUGAAUUGAAGUACAGUAUAACUGAACUAAGAUCCUGUGACACGUGCCAUGUGUAUACACAUGUGUAUUACGAAUGUGGGAAACUGAAACUUGCACUGCAGCACCUGAAUUCACAGAUAAGCUAUUUUCCUUAAUAAAGGAGAUACGCAAAUAAAUGAAAUCAUAUCUUGUGG